AUGUUACCUCUAGCCGUUCUUCUCCUAUCGUUCUCACGUCAAGCCUUUGCUAUACCAUCUGCGACGAGUUUGCAAGCUGAUCUUACGUUUUUAUUCCAAAAUGACCUCAACUGGACAACCGCUGCUGAUCACAAAGGGACAAUUCUCAUCAACAAGUUCGGGACCAAGGAAGAAGCUACCGCCGCAUGCGCGGAACUUAACGAAUCGAUACUUCCGACAGAUGGCCCAUACUUUGAUUCAGACAUGAAGUCGCUGCUGACAUAUCUCAACGUCAAUUCGCGAUACUACAAACAAAAAUUCUGGGUUGAUUCUACACCAGAUGCACCAUGCUCCGUGGUUUCACUGCCUGGAUCCCUGCAAUCCGUUCCAUGCAACAGUCGAUUCCCAACGUUCUGCUCUCAAAGCUCCCCUUAUCGUAGAAACACGGACGUUGAUCCGGAUCCCAAGUUUCGGGUGCAGGUCAAGUCGAAAAAGUUAACGAUCGUUGGAACGCGAGAUCAUCUAUCAUUUCGGUUCCUCGGAAUUCCCUACGCCGACCCGUUCGAACGCUUCAGUUAUUCUAAAUUGUAUAGUGGAGCUGGCACGAUCAACGCCCUGAAUUAUGGCUCGCCAUGUACCCAGUCCAGUGGAGGAAGUGAAGAUUGUCUGUUCCUCAAUAUAUAUACCCCAUAUCUCCCUCGAGAUCCAGCUCGAUCAAAGAGUCUCAAACCUGUCAUGUUUUGGAUCCAUGGCGGUGGCUUCACAGAUGGCCAGGCAAGCGAUAGCAUCUACGAUGGAGGAAAUAUGGCCAGCCGAAGUGAUGUGGUAGUUGUCAGUAUCAAUUAUCGAUUAGGCGCUCUGGGGUUUCUGGCACUAGAAGAUGGGGUAACUAAUGGCAAUUUUGGUAUCGCUGAUCAGAUCACUGCUCUCCAAUGGGUGCGUGAGCACAUCGCAGAGUUUGGUGGCGACCCGUCCUUGGUCACCAUCUAUGGCCAAUCUGCCGGUGCUGGCUCAGUUCGUGCCCUUCUUGCAUCACCUCCUGCGUUUGGCUUGUUCCAAGGCGCCAUAGCUCAGAGCAAUCUGGGAGGCUUCGGCUAUGCGUCUACCUACUCGAAGUAUCUUACUAUUCAGCAGCAAUAUGCCUCUUUCGGAGCCCCCCUUGUGUCUUCUGUUGGUUGCGCUGGCAGUGCCAACAUUCUACAAUGCCUACGGGCGCUACCUGCAUCCAGUAUCACUUCCACUCCUAAUGGUCCCAGGUAUAUUGUAGUCGAUGGGAAGUUCAUUACUACGGACCAACUUGAGGUAAAUGGAUCCGGCCAGGCAGCAAGAGCCCAUGUAAUGUUUGGAUGGACAAGAGACGAUGGCUCCGACUUCAUCGGUCCAUAUCCCACCCCUGGAUCGACACUCGCAGGCGCUUUACUUGCAGCUGGGCUUAGCAGCGACGUGGUGGAUAAAGUUGUUGGUUCUGACCUUUUCCCCACCCCCCUUGGUCCUAACUCGCUGGAAAACCUGUUCAAUCUAACGAGCCGGAUUGGCACAGACGGUCAAUUCCGAUGCAUAGACCAAGCCACCGUUAUCUCAGCUGCGAAACACGACGUCUUUGCUUCGGUGUGGGCAUAUCAGUUUGACCGUAGCUAUGGAGGCUAUGAGCCUGUUCCUGGAACGUGUGAUCCUCCCUCAACACCUGCAUUCCCCAACGGUGACCCUAAUCUGCCAUAUUAUCGAUGCCACUCCGGAGAAUUAUACUACAUGUUUGGAAAUCUAGGGCAGGAUUCACUGCCUUUCCGCGACGAACACGAUCUGCUCUUGUCUCAGUACGCUGUGGACAUGUGGGGCUCGUUCGCACGCACACAAAAUCCCAAUCCCUCGCCUUACUUCCUUACUGCUCGUGGAUACACCAACACAGCCAACAUGCUACGCGAAACAGGGCGUUGGAACAAGGUCACACCGCGUGAGAAGGCGCCUCUAAGAAUUAUCGAUAACCAGCAACGGAAUUCGCAGUGGCUGGAAGAAGAACAAUGUGAUUUGCUAGGGUAUCCUUUUACCUACUUUGGAUGA